AUGUCCUCUCCAGUCCCCGUCUUCGACGCAAAAGCGAUGCCCUUCCGCCGGUUGGGCCCCAGCGGUCUGCGCGUGCCGCUCUUCUCUCUCGGCGGCUGGCUCACCCUCGGAGGCUCCGUCGUCGGCGAGAGCGUCAAGGACAUCAUGCAGGCCGCCGAGAAUGGGAUCAACAUGUUCCGACACCGCGGAGGACUACCAGAAAGCAAAAUCAGGGGACACGCUAUCAAAGAACUUGGCUGGCGCCGCACGGACCUCGUCAUCUCAACCAAGAUAUUCUGGAGCCACGAGCCAGGCACGGGCCCGAACGACACGGGGCUGUCGCACAAACACGUUAUCGAGGGCACGAAGGCUUGUUUGCGACGGCUCCAGAUGGACUAUGUCGACGUCAUCUUCGCGCAUCGUUGCGAUACCACCGUUCCGAUGGAGGAGAUCGUCCGCGCAUUUAACUAUGUUAUCGACCAGGGCUGGGCUUUCUACUGGGGCACCUCCGACACCCGCAGCACAGAUGUUGCCACGCGCUUAAACCUCAUCGCGCCGAUCGCGGAGCAGUGCAAGCACAACAUGUUCCACCGCGAACGUCCGGAGAAGGAAUACGCCCCUUUGUACGCCAAGUACGGCCUGGGCACAACCGCAUUCUCUGCACUGCAGGGCGGACUGCUGACGGGGAAGGUAUAUCCUCCUCAACCCUCUAACACACGGCACGCGCUCGCCACCGUGCCCAUGUUCCCUGGGGCGACGGAGGGUCCCCAGGGCGAAGAGCUGCUUUGGAAAGUGCGUCUCCUCAGCCAAAUUGCUGCGGGUGCGUCGUUUCUCCCCGACUUGCUGAACUCUGGGCGGAACCGCGCUGGCGCUCGCGUGGGUUGCGGCGCACCGCCACACUUCCACAGUCAUCCUCGGCGUGUCCUCCGUCGCACAGCUCGAGGCGAACCUCGGGCGCUUGAGGUCCUGCCCAAGCUGGAUGCUGCGGUGUUGGCGCGGAUCGAGGCUGUGUUGGGUAACCACCCGCAGGAGCCGGAGACGUAUGGUCGCCCGCCGCUGGAUCAGGGCAUCCUUUGA